AUGCUCAACGAUGGCGGCGACAUCACCAUGGAAAACGCACUGAAUGCGACCAAUGCAUUGUUGCUACAUCUGAAGAAACCCAACAUCGUGGACCUUCCUCGUGGCAGCGUUCUUCCCAGCGACCUUCCUCUUAACGCCGUCUCAGACAACAGCAAAGUCAGGCACAUCUUUGACAUGGUUGUCCCUGUCGAACUUCCCAUUGCCCUCAAAGAGCAAGUGACACAAGCUGGCAAAGACAAGCGGUUUCAUGACUUGCCGGCCCCCUUUGGGUUGAAAGCUUCUCCAGGUAUGCAGUUCGACUUUCAACUGGCUGCCGUCCCUCUGCCUGACCGACCUGGGAAGUAUUUCCUCUUGAAGCACAUUAGCUUCUCUGAGCAGACUGUCUAUGUGUCCAGUGACAGCAAGAAUAUAAGAAAAGCUCUCCAAUACAUGUUUGAGAAAAUGGGAGGGUUUCAAACCCAAAGCUUCGCUUUGUCUCCUGCUGGCGCUGCUUCAUCUGACCGCAAGACUUUCUAUGAUGGCCUGAGUGACGACAAGAUUGACGAAGGAUUUGAUUUCAUUGAGCAAUACGGCCCUCGAAGCCAUCACUGCAACACCCAACUGCGAUGGAUCACAAAGCAACUCAUCUCUGAGGAUUCUCCCAUCAAAGACUGGCCCGAGAGAUUGGUCAAAGAAGCUCUGAGGAACCUCAUGACCGAUGGAGUCUUAGCUUUGCCCGUGCAUGACUUCCCCCUAACACUUGUGGAUGUGAACCCUUCUGUCCUCUUCAUCUUGGAGAAGUUCUUCCCUCUUUUCAGGGACAAAGCACUUGGCACGCAUGGUGUUCCCAAUGUGGGAAAGACUCCACUUGGAAGGAUUGUCGCAGUGGCCAUGUCCCAGGGCGAGGCAGGAAGACAGGACCGCCUUGACAUCUUCGAUGACGGUCCCCUUCCCGAACAGCCUAUGCGCAAGCUCAAAGGCUUUUGUGACAUUGGCAACACGGUCCUCACUAAGGAGAGGUGGGGAGGGGCCAAAUUCCAACAAGGUCAAACGCGCUACAUCUCCAACGAUUUAGAUCUCACCGCGGAGCCUCGACCGAAAAGGAAUGUGACAACCCUCUCUCGCAAAGACUUCAUGCAGAUCUUGGAGCCAGUGUGGAUGCAAGGGUCCUCAGUGUCUGACAUUGAGGCCGUCCUCAAGCGAACCUGCAUCUUGAUCAUGACAAAGCACUUCAUGUACUGGCGCCCCGCCACUGAGUCUGAGGUUUCGGUCGAACGCAUUGAUUUGUGCACUAUCGCAAAGGCAACAAGCAUCUACCUGAGGAGUUUGUAUCUCAUGUGA